AUGCUGGUCCGGCACCACGUCGUCUUCGUCCUCCGGGUUCACGGGCUGAAACUGCGGGUGCACGAAGAUGUCUUCGAUGGGGAGGAAGGACGGGGCUUGGGAGGGGGGGUUGGCGUUGCUGGCGCCGGGGCCGGUUGUAGGGCCGGCGGCGGUGGUGGUCGUCGUCGUUGUGGUGGUGUUGUUGUUGUUGCUGUUGUUGUUGAUGGAGGUGGUGGUGGUGUUCGCGAUUGCGGAAGGAUUGUUGGCGGAAGAGGUGUAGGGGCGGUUGAAGUCUUCGAAGAGGUCGGCGAGACGGGGGUGGUGGAAGUGGAUGUAGGUUGGCGAGGAGUCUUUGGACUAGGUCUGGGGUUAGUUUGGAUAUAG